CUCAACGACAAAUCUCAGCCGGCCUACGAAGAAUUGGCAGCAUGAAGGUCAACUUUUACUUCCCCAUGCUACUUCGCAUAGAUUGAAACUUACAUACGCUUCUUGGAGAUUAAUAUGAACUAUUCUUACUUUCCCAUAAGGAAAGCUUUCGCCGCGGACUUCACUGCAAAGGUAACAUCUGUAGCAAAGGAUUGUGCGGAGCCUCGCAUCACCAAGACCGUCAAGCAGAUACUCGACAGAGCAAUGAGGAAAGCCAUGGAGAAAUCAAUACCCAUUAUCAAGUCUGAAUACAACUACUGCAUGAGCCUCGUCAGACGCGACGCUCACAGGAGGUGUGGAGGCUCGGCGUGGGAGAUUGAUAAGAAUGGUUGGUUCUUAAAUUGGACUCUGAUUACGGCGCUUGAUAGAGUGAUUGUUCGACUGAUUGGUUGCUACCGGGUAGUGAUCACGACGCUGGAUGGAGUGAUUGUGUUAUUAAUUGGUUGGUUGAUAGCUUCGCUCACAGGUGGCUGGAGCGAAGGAGGAGGGCGUGGCGGCUCGCCGUGGGUGGUCCUCUCACUAGCAAUCAUGUCGUCGACGAAUGGCAUCGUGGUCACCCACGAGGACGUGGCGGCGGCGAAACUCAAACCAUCCAUGGCCGUGGGGAAGGCAACGUUCAGCGUGAAAGUUGGGCUGGCGCAGAUGUUGAAAGGAGGUGUCAUUAUGGAUGUGGUAAACGUUGAGCAGGCAAGGAUCGCCGAGGAGGCGGGCGCCGUCGCAGUAAUGGCCCUCGAACGUGUCCCUGCCGACAUUCGCAGACAUGGUGGAGUGGCAAGAAUGAGCGACCCUCAGAUGAUCAGGGAGAUCAAGAAGGCUGUUACCAUUCCAGUGAUGGCCAAGGCACGAAUUGGGCACUUCGUGGAGGCGCAGAUCCUUGAAGCAAUUGGGAUCGACUACAUUGAUGAGAGUGAAGUUUUAACGCCUGCUGAUGAUGUUAACCAUAUCAACAAGCGUAACUUCCAGGUCCCCUUUGUUUGUGGAUGCCGGAAUUUGGGUGAGGCCUUGAGGAGGAUUGCUGAGGGAGCUGCCAUGAUCCGCACAAAGGGGGAGGCAGGCACAGGUGACAUUGUCGAGGCAGUUCGACAUGUUCGUGCAGUUAUGGGAGACAUUCGACGGUUGCAGUCCAUGGAUGAAGAUGAGCUCUACGUGUUUGCCAAGGAGCUGCGCGCGUCUUAUGAGCUGGUGAAGCAGACGAAGGUCCUGGGUCGUCUUCCAGUGGUCAACUUUGCGGCGGGAGGAGUUGCAACUCCAGCGGAUGCUGCCCUGAUGAUGCAAAUGGGAUGCGAUGGCGUGUUCGUUGGAUCGGGCAUUUUCAAGAGUGGUGACCCAAGGAAGCGUGCGUCUGCCAUUGUACAAGCAGUCACACACUUCGACGACCCAAAAAUACUGGCAGAGGUGAGCUGUGACCUGGGAGAGGCAAUGGUUGGUAUUAACUGUUUCGACAAAGGAUUGGAACGGUACGCGGCGCGAUCGGAAUGAGGGCCAUAAGGGAGAUGCAGCAUGCACAUUUAUGGCGUGGAGCAUCUUGAAGCGGCAGGAGGUGGAGUGAAGUUGGAAACACAAUUGUUGAAUACAUACAAGACCUCAAAAAGAGUAUAUUUCUUUUGGUAUUCAGAUUCCGCAGGCAGAUGUCAGUAUGACCCCUCCUCUCCUCUUGAGAGCAAGAGCACCCCCCUCUAAAGCAUCUUCAAGUGUGCGGGGCCAAAUUAAAUGCCUGAGAUAUCUGGCCGUGAAAUGUGGUUUGACGAGAGCGGGAUUGGAUUAAGGGAGUUGGGAAGCUUGUCGAAAGCAAGGGAGUCGAGGGCAAAGUGCAACUUGGUUGCAGCCUCUUUGUUGUUGCUGAAGGGUUAUUUUUGGUCUUACACGUGUUGUGUUUCGGUUUGCUUCUGUUGAAAGGGGAGUGGAGGGCGGUCUGUGCCCUUGUGGACAACAGGGGGUUCUUUUCUCUCUGCCAUUUCUCUUACUGGGUUUGGAGAGGUAGUAUCUCUUUUAUCCACGCUCGGGUUCCGUCGGGAUUCAGAUUUUGAACUCUUGCUCUGUGCGCUAACAGCUACGUGCUUGUAGCAUUCGGCCAAAUCGCCCGUUUUUUGGAGACGGUAUACGUGAUAUCCCUGGUUCCUUUCAAUGAAAUGUUUUCCAAGCCUUUCCAUGCAUGGGUCAUGGGUGGUUACCAUAACGAGUAGGAUAAGUCGUAAACCAGGUACUACCUCCGGGCCUCGAGGCUGAAAAAAAAAUGCGUUCAAACUUCAAAGC